AGCUAAAGGCACUCCAGGAUGCAUCAGAGCAAUAGCAGCUACUGCAGCUCUUAUUGAAAAAAACACGACCUGUAGUUUUGGGUCAUUCAUUGACUGUGUAUGUGCCACAUGAAGUAGAACUGUUAAUGAAGCAAUAUGCGACUCAAGCACUAUCCCCACAGAGAGCUCACCGCUAUGAACUGAUAAUACUGCAUGCAGAUAAUGUGACUUUAAAAAGAUGCAAUAUUUUAAAUCCAGCAACACUAUUGCCUCUACCGGAGGACGGAGAGCCACAUCAUUCCUGUGAGCAGGUGGUCGUCAGCUCGAGCAAGCCCUGGGAGGAGCUUAAAGAUGAACCUUUGGAGAACCCGGACUUAGUUCUGUUUACAGAUGGAUCAUCCUAUUAUUUGGACGGAAGACGUCACUCCGGCUAUGCUGUCACUAACAUCUUUGAGGUGCUCGAGGCCAAUCCUUUGUCUCCAUCAGUAAGUGCUCAAGGAGCAGAAUUAAUAGCAUUGACCCAAGCAGCAAAAAUAGGUAAGAACUUGCGGGUAAAUAUCUAUACCGACUCUAAAUAUGCAUUUGGAGUGUGUCAUGCAACAGGGAUGUUAUGGAAAGAACGAGGAUUCUUUUCGUCAUCAGGAAAGAAAUUAGCUAAUGGAGAAAAAAUACGUAAUUUGCUGGAAGCAGUUCAACUGCCCAAAGAAAUUGCUGUAAUACACUGCCCAGCCCAUACUAAAGACACUACAGAAAUUAGCAGAGGAAAUGCUUUAGCCGACGCUGCUGCAAAAGCUGCAGCUCGACAGCCUCUGAAAGAAUGUAUGGGGGCAGUUCCAAGGAUGGACCAGAGUGAGUGGCCAAACUUAAUAGACCCCAAAACUAUGUAUGAAAAAGACUGCUCAGUGGAAGAGAAAAAACAAUGGGAACAGUGGGAAGCAAAACAAAGUGAUGAUGGAAUAUGGACAAUUGGGGAAAAACCAAUUCUACCAAAAAAAUAUUUAAUUACUAUAGCUAGGUGGUUUCACGAUAAAGCUCAUGGGGGAGCCGAGGCAAUAGCUAAACAGGUACAGAAAGUAUGGGCUGCUCCAGGAAUUUAUGCAGCUGCUAAAAGAAUAACAAAUAGCUGCCCGACCUGCCAGAAGUUUUCAAAUAACAAGCUGUGGCGGACAGAUGAGUGAACUUUUGCCUUAAACAUUUCUUGGUACAUAAGGUGCAAGCAAACCAAAACCCCAAACAAGCCAUCUGUUCCCAGCGGAAACAGGACUGAGCUGCUGCGACCCCUGAAAUGGUCUCCCUGCGACCAUUCGGGACACACCGAGCCUGCGCUGAACCGGACCACGAUCGGACAGAGACUUUGGGACCUGGACUGCAAAUUACUGCCGCUUAACACAACUUUUAUAAAACUUGCUUAGCCGCACUCCCUAGUUCAGUGAGAAAGGGCCCCAGAGCUGGUGCAGACUGGAAAGAUAAGGGAGUUACAAGCAGUUUGCAUUCCUAUGCGUCACACUCCAGGAGGGAGGAUGUCAAGGCUUUGAAAUAAGGCCUGCUUGGGCGCCAGGACCCUGGGAAACACAGCCUCCCCUCACUGCUGAAACAGUGUUAAUUAGGGGGGGUCUGGAUUAUAUCCUCCUCGUCAGGACCUUGGAAGAUAACACCUAUUGUCACUGCUGGGGCAGUGCUAAUUGCUGGAACAACACCUGUUGGUCAGGGCCCUGAGAAAGAAGGGCAGAACCCGAGGAAUCAACACAUUUGUCAGCAGAAACCGCAACAGUAAAGAUAAGGGAGAAAAGCAGCCUGCCUGGGAACAACGAUGAGACCCAAUAGGGAGCAGGAGACCCCAGACCCAAAAAUUACUAUUGGUCUGAACUACCGCGUGAGGGGCGGGAAACUUAAUUUGAAAAAAGCUAUAAUUGCCCAGGGAUUUCUUUGUUCAGGGUCCCUCUUUGGAGGCACCCAACUCGAGCUGUAACUACUGCACGUGUGUCAUUCCAAACUUUUCAGCGGGAACCUAGGGUCGGACCCUGCUCGAGUUGUAAUUACUGCACGCGUAUCGCUAAAAUUUACACCCAGGGUGAAGAGGACCAACGGGACGCCGCUGGAUCCACGGGUGGUGAUAUCUCUUUCUCUCUCCCCCUUUUCUCUCUCUCUCUUUCUCUCUCUCCUCCCCUUCGCCUUCUCCCCCCACCUUUUCUCCCCACUCCGUGGAAAAUAAAGUUAAAAGGUUGUACGAUA